AGAGAAAAGAAAACAAAAAAGCCACGAUGGCUGCAGGCGCGGCCACUUGGCUGGGCUGUGCCUCCGCUCAUGCGGUGCACCGUUGGAGCACACACAGUAUUUAAGCAGUGACAAGGAAGCCUUCUCCCAGCACACAACCACCCACUCAUCGACCAACAGAGACAAGUUCUCAAUCGCAUCCCGCAACAACACGCAAUAGACACUCCACCGCCUUGCAACAACAUGCGUACCUUUUGCUGCUGCCUUCCCACCCGACUGGGCGUCCUAAUCCUCUCGCCCGUCACUUUCCUCGGCUCCCUCGUCGUCGCCGGCGCCCUCAUCUGGGCCCUCGUCCAUGAGUCGAGCAGCCUCACAACAGUCCAAAAGGUGCUCACCGGCGCCCUUGCGGCCGAGAUGACGCUCUUCUGCCUCGCCUCUCUCUUUGGCUUCAUCGGCUCCAUCUUUGCCUCCUACCGCGCCGUGCGCUUCUACUCGACGAUGAUGUGGUCCCUCUGGCUCCUCACCCUCGCCCUGGGAAUCGUCGAGUUCGUCUUUCUCUUCAAGGACAAGGACCAGUACGUUGAAAACUGCACAAACAAGGCCGAGAACAUCGACCUGGAUGGAUCAAGCAUCAACCUCGUCAGUAGCUCGACUCAGGCAACGGUCUCUGAAGACGCCUGCAAAUCUGCCUUCAAUAUCGUCGCGGGCGUCGGCAUUGGCGUUUGGGCCUUUGUACUCCUCGUCGCUGCGUACCUGUGCGUCAUUGUAGGCCGGUACCGCGACCAGCUCCGUGACGAGCGUGGCGGCUUCCGCAAGGUCCACGCUAGCGACAUGGGCGAGACUGGCGGUUACUACCGGCAGUACCCAACGCCCGGCUACCGCCACUAAGCCGAGAAAAAGAAAGAGAAAGAGAGAGAGAAAGAAAGAAGAUACCACCCACAUUCGACGAACAAUGGUUUCUAGCGCUGUUACGUUUGUACAUACAACAUACAAUUGAUGAUUUGCCAUUCACGAUUC